AUGGCUACCUCUAGUGUCCUCGCCUUUGACGCUGAAGGUCGAGCCAUUGACUUUGAGGUCUGGGUAGACGGCCUCUCUCUCUUUGACCUCACCUCUGGCGCUUCCCCUCCCCCUGCUGUUGAUGCUGACGCCACUGUUCGCUCCCAGUGGGCCACGCGCGACGCUGCUGCACGUCUUGCUGUGCGUCGCCACCUCCCUACCUCCGAGCGUGCGCACUUUAGUCAGUACAAGAGUGCUCAGACCUUGUACGACACUGUAGUCGCGCGCUACUCCUCCCCUGCCACUGCUGCACUGAGCCGUCUCAUGCUACCGUACCUCUUUCCUGACCUUGCUGCCUUUCCCACAGUAGCUGACCUCAUUACGCACCUCCGCACUAGUGACACUCGCUACCGCGCUGCACUUCUGGCUGACUUCUGCGCCAAGAACCCCCCUCCCAUGUACAUCACUCUCUACUACAUAGUCACACGCCUCCCUGACUCCCUUCGUGUAGUCAGGGACCACUUCCUCUCAGUCUGUCCCACCACUCUCACUGUCGACCUCCUCGAGAAGGCCCUCCUAGCGAUAGAGAAGAGCAUAGUCGCUGUAGGAGGCUCUCGAGUCGGUCGGUGCGGCUGUCUGCCCCUAGCGGAAGACGCCGCCCUGGCAAGGGCAAGGGGGGCAAGGGCGCUGGAGGAGCGAGCGGGGGCAGUGGAGGUGGAGGUGGCAGCGGUGGGGGGAGUGGGGGUGGCGGUGGGAGUGGAGGUGGGAGUGGAGGGGUCGGUGGCGGCAGUGGAGGCGGAGGCGGCGGCGGCGGUGGCGGUGGGAGCGGAGGUGGCGGAGGAGGCGGCGGUGGAGGAGGCGGCGGAGGCGGCGGAGGCGGCGGCAGUAGCGGAGGCGGCGGAGGCGGUGGGGGUGGCGGUGCAGCUGGUCGCGGGUCUUCGCAGAGGAGUGGCUCCGGUGGUGGCUCACGCCAGCAGCAGUAGCGCGGUUGUGAGACCCUGUCCCCUCAGCAGCUCCGUCAGUGGUACACUGCACGCCAGCGGGGUGGGGGUUUUGGUCCAUGCUCCUACGUCCUACGCACCGGCGACCGUGCAGGGUGAGCAGUGUGGGGGAGCGCACCCCUCCCAGCGCUGCUUUGGCCGCCUGACGGACGCGUGGCGUCGCCAGUUCCCGGAGGCGUCGGAGAUCCCUCGCUGGGGCGAGCUGUCUAGGGCGGGUGUUGCCAUCUAUGAUCUUGACUUUGAUGCUAUUCUCUCUGCCAUGUAUGCUGUGUCUAUUAGUGAUGAGGGUGACUGUUACCGGUGUUUCCCGCCCGAUCCGGGCAUUGAGACUGCUGCUAUAGGUACUGGUGCUUGCGACGCUACUACUCUAGGUGCUAGUGUGUCUGUUUCCUUACGUACUGGUGAGUCUGCGCUCUCAGGUACUACGUCGGCUUUGGCCUCCCUCACCUUCACCCUUGACUCUGGGGCGUCUCGCUCCUUCUUUCGGGACCGCACCACACUCACGCCGCUUAGUCGGCCGGUUGCGGUGUCUCUGGCUGACCCCUCUGGGGGUCCUCUCCUGUCUCGUUUCUCCACAGUCCUCCCAUGUUCUGCGGCUCCCUCUGGCACCCUAUCUGGUCUCUACCUCCCCUCGUUCUGUACGAACCUGGUGAGUGGUGCUGACCUACAGGAUGCGGGUGUCCACCAGUUCACUCCUGCGCGCCAGCGGGUGACGCACUGCACAGAGGCUAGCACAGGCCGACACCUGGCUACAGUUUACACGUCAGCCGGGGUCGAGCCUGGCCCUGGCCCUACCUGUGUCCCAUGUGUCGAGGGGCGCCCGCGUGAUGCCCCUCACUCCUCCCAGUUUCCUCCGACAGAGGCCCCGUUGCAGACGCUUCACAUGGACGUGUGGGGCCCAGCCCGUGUCCGUGGACAGGGUCACGAGCGCUACUUCCUACUGGUUGUUGACGACUACUCGCGUUACACCGCAGUCUUCCCCUUGCGCAGCAAGGGUGAUGUCACUGAGGCGGAGAGUUCUCCUCCGGCCUUCUGCGAGCCUACUGUCGUGCACGAGGCAUCCAGUCAGACCUUCACGCUUCCGGACUCUCCGCAGCAAAAUGGGAUUGCUGAGCGCCGCAUUGGCAUGGUCAUGGACGUCGCCCGUACGUCUAUGAUGCAUGCGGCUGCCCCCCAUUUUCUGUGGCCGUUUGCGGUGAGGUACGCGGCGCAUCAGAUCAACCUUCACCCCAGGGUCUCCAGGCCGGAGACCUCCCCAGCCUUGGUGUGGACGGGGAAGGUUGGCGAUGCGUCUGCGUUCCGGGUCUGGGGAUCUCGGGCAUUUGUCCGCGACUUGUCUGCGGACAAGCUGUCCCCUCGUGCUGCUCCUUGCGUCUUCCUGGGGUUCCCCCCUGACGCGCCUGGGUGGCAGUUCUACCACCCCACCUCUCGCCGUGUUCUGUCCUCCCAGGACGUCACGUUUGACGAGUCGGUCUCCUACUACCGCCUCUUCCCCUACCGCACUCCGUCCCUCCCCCCGCCCCCGCUCUUCCUUGUCCCAGGUCCCCCCCCCGGUAGACCUCCUCCCCCCUCAGGGUCUUGCCCCUUCAGGGGUGCUGAGCCUGGGAGUGCUGAGCCUGGGGGUGCUGAGCCUGGGGGUGCUGAGCCUGGGGGUGCUGAGCGUGGGGGUACUGCGCCUUGGGGUGCUGAAUCUGGGGGUGCUACACCUGGGGGUGCUGAGCCUGGGGGUGCUGAGCCUGGGGGUACUGAGUCUGGGGGUGCUACGCCUGGGGGUGCUGAGCCGGGAGGUGCUCCGCUUGGAGGUUCUCUGGGUGCUUCGUCUCUGCGGGAGCCACUCUCUCUACAGGAGCUGCGCGAGUGGUUUGCCCGGCGCUGGAGGCAUGCUGCUGGUGGUGGAGGUUCUUCGGCUACUGAGGGUGCUGCUGUUGCGGGCCCCGGAGGUGCUCGUACUGGGAGUACUGGAGCUGCUGGGCCUGCGGGUGCGACUGGAGCUGGUGCUACUGAGGGUGUGGGAGCUGAGACUUCUGCUGGCGGUCCUGCUGCGGGUACUCUUGGCGCUGCUGGAGCUUGUCCGCAGCCUGUCCCAUCACAGUUCAAGAUGCAGCCUACCUCCCCUUUGCCUGCUCAUUCUCCCUACGCUGGUCCUACUGGAGGUCUUGCUGAGCGUCGUGAGCCUGCGUCUCGCCCUACGUCGCCUGUCCGUCCUGCUCGCUCUAGUGGUCGUGGUUCGCGUCCGCGUCCUCCUCCUGUCCCUGGCACGCACAGGAUGUCUCUGCGUCCGUCUACUGCCCCUCUGCGUGCCCCUUUGCCUACUCCUCCUGAGUCCUCUCUUCCUGCUCUUGCCGACCCGGAGUCGGACUCUCUUCGUGCUGCCAGUCCUACUGUCACGCGUCUCCUUGCUACUGUUGUCACUGACCCUUCUUUCGAGUCCACUGCUGCGUCUGCCCUAGUUGCUGAGCUCGUCGACUUUGCUGCUCACUGUCGCCUAGACUACGCUGCUAGUCUUAUCGCUGAGUCUGAGUCUGUCUGUCCUCCGUCCGUCGGGGACCCGGAUGCACUUGACAUCCCGACUCCGCGCUCUUAUGCGGAGGCGAUAGAGGGUCCCUACUCCUCUCAGUGGCAGGCAGCUAUGGAUGCAGAGAUGGCUUCCUGGAAGUCCACAGGCACCUACGUUGACGCUGUUCCCCCUCCUGGGGCGAACAUCGUUAGUGGCAUGUGGAUCUUCAGGGUGAAGCGGCCGCCGGGUUCUCCGCCUGUCUUCAAGGCGCGUUACGUGGCUCGUGGCUUCAGUCAGCGGCAGGGAGUUGACUACUUUCAGACCUUCUCCCCCACCCCGAAGAUGACCACUCUUUGGGUACUGCUGCACGUUGCUGCUCACCGUGACUACGAGCUGCACUCUCUCGAGUUCAGCACUGCUUUCUUGCAGGGCAGCCUGCACGAGGAGAUCUGGCUGCGCCGCCCACCUGGCUUCACUGGGACUACGCUUGCGGCUCUUGGGUUUGCUCCUUCUACUGCCGACCCGUCGCUGUUUCUGCGCACCGACACCUCUCUGCCGCCGUUCUACAUCCUCGUGUACGUCGACGACUUGGUCUUUGCCAUAGCUGACACUGCUGGACUCGCCUACGUGAAGUCCGAGCUGCAGAAGAGACACACGUGCACUGACCUAGAGCACAUGGCUGCAGCGAAGAGGGUGUUGCACUACUUGUGCAGUACGUCGGGCAUGGGGCUAGUGCUUGGAGGGCGGAGUCCGGUGGUCCUCACUGGGCACGCGGACGCUUCUUGGGCUGACGACCAGGCUACGCAGCGGUCGUCACAGGGUUACACCUUCAGCCUUGGUUUCGGCUCUGUUUCGUGGCGGGCUACUCGCUCGUCUUCUGUUCUCGGCUCCAGUUGUGAGGCUGAGAUCUACGCCGGGGCCAUGGCUGCACAGGAGCUUCGCUGGCUCACCUACCUGCUGACCGACCUUGGAGAGCCGCCUCGUUCUCCUCCAGUCCUGUACGUAGACAACAAGGCCAUGCUGGCCUUGUGUCGAGAGCAGAGACUGGAGCACAGAACAAAGCACAUUGCUCUUCGCUACUUUCUUUCUCGUGAGCUACAGCAGCGUGGUUAG